AAUAAAGAAGUUUUACGAUAAAAUAAUUAACUUUGAAACAGUCAUUUUCUUCAAACUUAUUUCUUAAUUCGAUCGAUAAAAAACUCUCCUUUUUCCAUAGCGACUGCGUCCGUUCCAUCUUAGGUUUUCUAUUUCUCCUUCUCCUUCUCCUUCUCUCAGGUCAAACAGUGGCGUUCCUCUGCAAGUCUUUGCAAGCUUAUACCAUUCUCUCUAACCAGUCUAUAUCGCUUCCAGCAAUCUUUCUGGGGUAGCCAUUUUCGUUUAGAUCCAAGCACCGCCUUGGAGAUCUCCGUGGGGUUUGUUUUUAUAUCAUCUCUUCUAACCUUUUAAUGGGAUUCUGGUCGUUUGAGGGACGAUGAAGAGGUCGAAGAGCGUGGAAACUCUCGUCGGGAGGAGAUGGAGGUUAUCUCACAUCCUCUUCGCCGUGGCUGCGCUUUAUCUUCUAAUAAUCGCCUUCAAAUUUCGCCACAUUUUGGAGAUCGUCGGCUUGAUGAGCGACGACCGGAGUUUCGCCGGCAUCGACCGUACAGCUGCUGGGGAUGACGUGGCGGACGUAAGCCGGUCAUUUUUCGGCUCCGCCUACUCAGAUUCACUGCAUCGCCACCUCGAUGGUGGAGACCCACCGCCGAAGCCCGGCAGCGACCCGGUCGUCCUUCCCACGCUCGGCAAGCCUUUGUAUUCUUUCGACCACUACGGCAGGAUCACCAGCGCCAUAAUGCAGAGGCAGCAGCAUUGGGGUGGCAACCUCACUGAGCUGGAAAGGAUGGCACAUGAAGCUUGGGCUUUGGGGAUGAAGUCUUGGAAGGAAGUGGAAGAUUUUGAGGACAAAGGGGAGUUGAACCAAACGACAUUAAUUGAAAGGAAGCUGGAGUCCUGCCCCAUUUCGGUCUCCAUGGGUAAGGAUGAAACGGGCUCCGGAGAGAGCUUGAUGUUUCUGCCAUGUGGACUUGAGGUGGGUUCCUCGAUCACUGUGAUUGGUACUCCUCACCAUGCUCAUCAGGAAUUUGUGCCUCAGCUGGCAAAGCUGAGGCAGGGGGAAGGGAUAGUCAUGGUGUCCCAGUUUAUAGUUGAGCUGCAAGGACUUAAGGCAGUUGAUGGUGAGGAACCGCCAAAGAUCCUGCAUUUCAAUCCAAGGGUGAAGGGUGAUUGGAGCCAUAGACCUGUCAUCGAGCACAAUACAUGUUACAGAAUGCAGUGGGGGAAAGCUAUGCGGUGUGAUGGGAUUGCUUCUAAGGAAGAUGAUGAUACAGUUGAUGGAUUCAACAAAUGUGAGAAAUGGUUACGAACUGAUAUUGUUGAUUCAAAAGAAUCCAAAACGACUUCGUGGUUGAAGAGAUUCAUUGGUCGUGCAAAGAAGCCAGAAAUGACAUGGCCUUUUUCUUUUGUGGAGGGCAGGUUGUUUGUCCUGACAGUUCGUGCUGGCAUAGAAGGAUAUCACAUUUUUGUUGGAGGCAGACAUGUAACUUCAUUCCCUUAUAGAACGGGGUUUACUCUCGAAGAUGCUACAGGUUUAGCGAUUAAAGGAAAUGUAGACGUACAUUCAGUAUUUGCCACUUCUCUUCCCAAAUCUCAUCCUAGUUUUUCACGUCAGCAAGUCUUGGAACUUUCAGAAGCAUGGAAGUCUGGUCCUCUUCCACAACAACCAGUUGAGCUUUUCAUCGGUAUUCUCUCUGCCACCAAUCAUUUUGCAGAACGCAUGGCUGUUAGAAAAACCUGGAUGCAAUAUUCUGCCAUCAAGUUGUCAAAUGUUGUGGCCCGGUUCUUUGUUGCCCUGAGUCCAAGGAAGGAGGUUAAUGUAGUUCUAAAGAGGGAGGCAGAAUAUUUUGGAGACAUCGUCAUCUUACCCUUUAUGGAUCGCUAUGAGCUAGUGGUUCUAAAAACUGUUGCUAUUUGUGAGUUUGGGGUAAAAAACCUGACUGCUGCAUAUAUUAUGAAAUGUGAUGAUGACACAUUUAUUAGACUAGAUGUUGUCCUUAGAGAGAUGAAUAAUGCUGCUGGCAAGAAACCCCUUUACAUGGGUAAUCUUAACCUCUUGCAUAGACCCCUCCGGAAUGGAAAGUGGGCAGUAACAUAUGAGGAAUGGCCAGAGGAUAUAUAUCCUCCAUACGCCAAUGGACCUGGCUAUGUAAUAUCAAGCGACAUUGCAAGGUUUAUCAUUGCUAAACACGCCAAUCAGACCUUAAGGAUGUUCAAGAUGGAAGAUGUAAGUAUGGGGAUGUGGGUUCAGGAGUUCAAUGCUUCCACCCCCGUCCAAUACUCACACAACUGGAAGUUCUGCCAGUAUGGCUGCAUGGAUAACUAUUACACUUCACAUUACCAAUCUCCGAGGCAAAUGAUCUGUCUAUGGGAUAAACUAGCUCGAGGUCGAGCCCAGUGCUGCAACUUCAGAUGAUGAUGCAUCUUCUUGCGCUCUUUUUGACCGAUUCAUUCGUCGCUCACACCUUUGUCGCAGUAGCAGCAAUUUUUUUGUGCCCUGAAGGAAGGUUAGCAUCGAAUCCCAGUUAAGAUUAGUUUUGGUUUCUGUAAGAGGCAUCUGUUAGUCCUGCUUAGUUUUCCUUUUCUACUCACCCCUUCUCUAAUAGCCUUCUAAUUUUUUUCGGCACAGUUUUGUUUCUUGUUAGAUUAUGUUAAUCCAGUGAAGAAAUUAAUGGCAAUUUUUUUUAAUUGGCUUAUUUUGUGGACUAUUAAAAUUUUAAAAUAA